AUGACCAAAGCUGGCACCCACUGGCCAGAAGUAGCCAGGAGGCAAGCGUCCUGGCUCUUCCAAGAAGGGAAGAGUGGCCACGUGCCCCCAGAGAUUAUACAGAUACUUUCAGAACAUCCAUCCGUGCAGAUGGGGGACGUCCUCUUACGAGCUGUUAAUUUGCAGAUUCCAUCAGCGGUGAAAGCUAUGUGUAAUAGCUUAAAACAGCGUAACCUGGUUCCGGAAGGGCUUUACGCCCGCUGUGUGAAUGGCGACUUCCAUCCAGAUAUAACACCCAUCGUCCUAGCAGCGCAGUUCAACGACUAUCAGAUCCUGACAACUUUAGUUGAAUUUGGAGCGAGAAUCGACGAUGUUGAUGAGUUCGAGUUUCGAACGGAAAAAUUUACGUUAGAGCACUCCAUCGGCACCAUAGCUGUAUACAGCGCCAUCAGCAGUCAGGUUUACAUCGCCCUGACCAGCGAGGACCCGCUGAUGCGCGCCUUCGAGUUAUGCAGCCGGCUGCGCGUUCUAAGCGAGACGCACUUCGAGUAUCGCUUUCACUUCGAGGAAAUGGUCACCAGAUGUGAGAAGUUUACAGCCAGUUUACUUAGUUACCUGAGAAACACGGAGGAGCAGAGGAUUGUCUUUACCCACGGGACGCAUGAUGAUUUUACUGGCGAUUUUAAAGAGCCACUGAAAGUAAAGGCGGCUAUCAAGUACGAACAGAAACAG